CGGGGCAGCGGCGCGAGCUCCCGGAACGUGCGCACCGGGUGCGCGGGUGGGAGGGACUGGUCGGCCGCGGGAACCGGAGCCUGAAGUACAGGUGUCGGAGCCGGGGCUCCCAAAGGAAGGUCGUCACGAUGAACACCGUGCUGUCGCGCGCGAAUUCCCUGUUCGCCUUCUCGCUGAGUGUGAUGGCGGCGCUCACCUUCGGCUGUUUCAUCACCACCGCCUUCAAAGACAGGAGCGUCCCGGUGCGGCUGCACGUCUCGCGGAUCAUGCUAAAAAAUGUAGAAGACUUCACUGGCCCUAGAGAAAGAAGUGACCUUGGAUUCAUCACAUUUGAUAUAACAGCUGAUCUAGAGAAUAUAUUUGAUUGGAAUGUUAAGCAAUUAUUUCUUUAUUUAUCAGCAGAAUAUUCAACAAAAAAUAAUGCUCUGAACCAAGUUGUCCUUUGGGACAAGAUUGUUUUGAGAGGUGAUAAUCCAAAGCUGCUUUUGAAAGAUAUGAAGACAAAGUAUUUCUUCUUUGACGAUGGAAAUGGCCUCAAGGGAAACAGGAAUGUCACUUUGACGCUCUCCUGGAAUGUUGUACCAAACGCUGGAAUUCUACCUCUUGUGACAGGAUCGGGACAUAUAUCUGUCCCAUUUCCAGAUACAUACGAAAUCACCAAGAGUUACUAAAUUAUUAUGAAUCUGAAACAUAUUUUUAUACAUGUUGAAUUGCAUCUCAUCUCUUCCCAGUUUCUUCAUUGAUCUUUCUUGCUUGUUUGCUUGCUUUCUUUUAUUUUGUUUUAUUUUGUUUUGAUGUAAGAAAGACUCAGAUCAGAAGACACAGAUGAAGUGAAAGGUUCUAAGGUGCUUAAGCUGAGCUUUGUAAACAGAAAGAUAAAAAAAAGCCUACCAGAGAAGGAGUAGUAUGGAGAAUGAGGGAACUGCAUAGGAAGAAUUUGUCAGCAGCAUAGGUUUAAAACAUUUAUUUGCGGGCAUAAAGGGCUGUUUAGGGGUCAUAAGAAUUCUGAAUUUCAUGUUUGGUGUUUAUGCCAGAUGGUCGUGACUUAUGGGCAUUCUCUUCUAUCUUAGUGUAUGCUAGAUUACUGGACACUUUCAUGUGGUUCCUUUGAAGUCUGGUUUACAAAAGAGCAGAGUGGUAGAAUUUUAUUCCAUUUGUUUUAGAAAUCUCCAGCAGGUUUGCUUUCCUUGAGUGAGUAGCAGCUUUCUCCAAAUAAGGAGUCAGGACCUCUUUGAAUCCUGUAAAUUUAGCAGGCUCAUUUUAAAGUUUCAGCCCAACCAAAUGUGUGUAUGUUCAGAAUGUUUCUUUGUAUAUCUCUAUACAUUUUUACCUUUGCCAUAGAAAGUUGAAAAUGUUUGCAUGGAUUACCUCCUGAAUUGAAUUUGUCCCACUGAACUUGCCUCUGUGAUUAACUACAGUUUUCUUAGCUCCAUAUUUUUAUAGUUGAAAGAGUAAGAGAAUUUGUCUUGUGCUUUUCCACCUACAGAUUUCUUUCAUGUGCUUGAAUUUUGUAGUCCUAACGAGGUACAGAGUGCUAAUAUUAGCUCUUUGCAGGUGAAGAAACUGAAACCCAGAAACUUACUGACUUGCACCCAAAUUAAAAAGCAAGCAGUGGACUCUUUCUAUACCUAAGUUAACACAUUGGUCACAUUCAUAUAAUUUUAUGGUAGUUUGUUACUGUCAUUUUCCUUCUGGGAAUGAGAGAGUACAAAACUAACAUUCUAGCAGCCAACAUCUUAGACAGUGAUAUCUUUGUGUAUAUUCAUUUUUACCCAUGUUAAGAUAACUAUAUAGGUUUGUAAAAUAAUUUAGAGAUUAAAUACAUUAUAUAUGAUUGAAUAUAUAAUUAUAUUUGACAUGAAAUUUAUUUUCCUCAUUGAUAAAUGCCCUUAGAAUUAGCACCUGCAAAUUUGCUACUCUUAAGUGCAAGAGUAGACACUAUGUACAUUCUUCAGUAACCUAAAAGGGCUGCUUACUAGCAUUUGUUCUGUUUACCUCAUGUGUUGGGUGACAUUCAUUUUAACAGCUCUUGUAUGUGGUGGUACAGUUCUUACAAAUGCAUGAGGUUUUCUUACCAGCAUAAAGGUCAAAGGCACAUUUUGAGAUUGGCACUAGCAGGUUCCUUAAACAUUUCAGGGUCUCUGUUUCUUUGUCUAUAAAAUGAUUCUUUACUAUGAUAGGAAUCAGUGAAAUGUUUUCUAUUCAACAGAUUGUGAACAGGAAACCACUUUAGUGAUCUGAAGUCAGAAAGGUGAUGGAGAGAUUAACACAGAGUUCAUAAGGAUCUGAGCUUCUGCUAUGUUUUAUACCUACAAAUGAGCUUUAUAUAUUGACCAGACAGAUACUAGAUGUGUAAAAUCUGCAAAUGUCAAAGCUUAGGUCUGGGUGUGUUCUAGCUAAGGAAGCCUUGACAAGCCUAGAGCAUCAAAGCCACACCUCAGUUCAGUUAAGAGUUGGCUAUACUUUUGUGAUGAGUGGAUCUGUUAGUUGAGCACGGUCUAACUAGCAUUGACAUUGUCUGGAUUUACAAUUUAUCUGACAGGUUUGCUAAGGAAAGCCCAGUGUGACAAAUGUCCUUUGCUUUUACCAGACUAAGGGAGCUGCUCAAAAUAUGGCUGCUCCAGCCUGCCACUAGCCCAGUUUUUCGGGAAUUUGAUUGUGUGCAAGACUUUAUCAAUUUGUGAUGAUUCUAUAACCUACAAAGUUUGUAUGUUUGAUAAGCAUCUCUAGUCUCAGUGUUAUAGAGAAGUCUCAUCAGAUCUUUACAGAGACUAAGUGCUUCAGAGUCUGAGCCCAGAGGUGAUUCUGUGUAAAUAUGAUGUAUCUUAGUAGAGAGGUUGCAGUUAGAAAUGAACUUGAAAAUGUGGCUCUCAGCAUAUCCCUUUCAGUCUUAACUAAAAGUCUUGACUGUGUGCUUUAUGCCAUUGCAUUUAGUGUCCUUGUGCUGAAAGGAAAAUAAUGGCUUCAGAAACAGUUGAGAAUAUAAUAGGAAAACUAGUUGGUUCAAAUUUCUUUUCCAGUAAUUGUUUUACAGUUCUUCAGUGGUCUAGCUAGCCAAGAAUUCCUGCGAAGAAUUAGACUUUAAGGAUCUAAAGCUCUGAAUUGGGGCUGGUACAGGGGCUGAUAACGGAGAGUCUGCCUUCUGAUACUUUGACCUCAUAGCUAUGACCUUUGAUUGUAAGCAAACAUCUAUUUCAAAAGCUUCUCUUGCUUUCGGUAAGAAGCCUGUGUACCUGUGAGACUGCCAGUGGUUCAAAGUUGUAUGUUUGAAAAAGUUUUAUUUCAUAGUUUUUAUGAAAUUUGGGAAGUUGUUUACUUAAACAAAUGUACAAGAAAAUAAUUCAUAAAAAGCUGAAUAUAUAUGUGCAAAUUUUCUUAACUAUAAUAAAUAUUCAACAUUUUUCUAAUAAAGAUGAUUUUUUUUCUGAGUAAAAAUGUGCAUUUUAAAGA